AUGGAACACAUGCGCGAAUGGGUCACAGUCCCUGACGCUCCCUCGACUCCUCAGACCGAUUCCGCUGCCGACGUCGAAGAGGAAGCAGCAUAUGGUGUACCCGCCUCGAUUCAACCCAUUCGCAAGCCUCAGACCGAUUCUGCAAACAACGACCAAAAACGCACCGACCCUUUCCAGUUCGGCACACGCUACUUGGAAGAAGGCGACAACAUCUUUGCUCACAACGCAUGGGACCACGUCGAGACUGACGACACAUACAAAGAGUUCAUCAAGACUCAGGAAGAGUUCCAACGAUCCGCCCCUGUCACAGAUUUUGACAAGAAGCGCUUCAACCAGCACCCCGAGAAGUGGUGGGACAAGUUCUACAGCAACAACCGUGCAAACUUCUUCAAGGACCGCAAGUGGCUGGCCCAAGAGUUUCCAGUCUUGGGAGAGAUUACCAAGGAAGAUUACGGUGCUGCGACCAUGCUCGAAGUUGGUGCAGGUGCAGGAAACACGGCAUACCCAGUUCUCAACCUGAACAAGAACCCUUUGUUGAAGAUCCACGCUUGCGAUUAUUCCAAGAAGGCCAUUGAGAUUAUUCGCACACAAGAGGCAUACCAAAAUCAGACCACUCUGCAGGCAGACGUCUGGGAUGCCGCUGGAACUGGCGAGAACGCCCUGCCUCCUAGUCUGGAAGCUGGCAGCGUUGACGUCGUCGUGAUGAUUUUCAUCUUCUCUGCUCUCUCCCCAAGGCAGUGGGCACAGGCUGUGAAGAACGUUUGGAAUGUCCUCAAGCCCGGUGGUGUGGUUCUUUUCCGUGAUUAUGGCCGUGGUGACUUGGCUCAGGUCCGAUUCAAGAAGGGCCGCUACCUCGAGGAGAACUUCUACAUUCGUGGUGAUGGUACUCGUGUUUACUUCUUCGAACGAGACGAGCUCGCAGACAUCUGGUCUGGCAAGCUCCCAGCAAACAGUNUUCAGAUUGACGUCUCAGAACAUACUGGAGACGAGGAUGAGCUUGCUGAAAGGCUUAAGAACACUGAGAUUUCGGAAGAGAACAAGAUGCCAGCAUUCGAGAUCUUGAACCUGGGCGUUGACAACAGAAUGCUUGUCAACCGACAGAGAAAGUUGAAAAUGUACCGUUGCUGGAUGCAAGGUCGUUUCCAGAAGCCCGCCACUACUGCAAGCUGA